GCCUCUCAUCAUUCAGAGUCUCUUCUCGUUUCCACAGCCUCAGAUCUGAGAGAGAAUCCGACUGCAACAUGCCAUCCCAGUCAGCCCUCGUCCACACCUUUAACGGGAUUCCCUUUUCUACACGCUCAUCAAAAGAGCUUUUACACACCUUGGACUCCUUUGAAGCCAGAGAGGAUGAUGUGCUGUUGGUGUCCUACCCAAAGUCAGGGACUCACUGGCUGGCAGAGAUCCUGAAAAACCUGUACCGCACUCAACAAGGUGCAAAUGGCUGUGGAACAGUGACACUGACCUCUCCCAUUGAGUUUGGAGAUCCUUCCAAAUACGAGGACCUGAGAAAUCUUCCUUCCCCGAGACUGAUCCCCACACACCUGAACUACAAGAUGUUGCCAGUGCAGCUCAAAACCAAGAAAUGCAAGAUGAUCUAUAUCAUCAGAAACCCUAAAGACACCGCUGUUUCCUUGUAUCACUACUACAAAGACAAUCCCAACCUGCCAACCGUUGACAAAUGGACCACCUUUUUGGAAAUGUUCCUGAACGGAGACGUUGUUUGUGGCUCGUGGUGCGAUCACAUUCACAGUUGGGAGGAGCACAAAAAUGAUGACAAUGUUCUCAUUCUGUACUACGAAGCCAUGAAGAAGGAUCCGACCGAGUGCGUUGAGCAGAUCAGCACCUUCCUGGGUGUCAACCUGACUUCUGAGCAAAUUGGCGACAUCACCAGGAAAUCGUCCUUUAAUGAGAUGAAGGAACAGGCGCAGAAGGAAAAGGUCGAUGCCAAUAACACUGUGUGCGCUCUGACAUCCAACAAGAGGCUGAUAUUCCGAAAAGGUACUGUUGGAGAUUGGAAGAACCAUUUCAGCACAAGACAGAAUAAGCUAUUCGAUGAGCAUUUUGGAGUGAGAAUGAAUUUGAGUGAUUUGGCAAAGUCUAUUGAAUAUGAAAGUUAACAUCAAAGGACAGUGUCAAAGUAGAGUUUGAGAAACAUGGUGAAAACUUCUGUUUGCUAUGUUUAAUAAUAAAAAUAAUCCUUACAUUCGAAAUAGCGCCUUAUCACGUCGUUUAAACGUCUCACAGCGCUUCACAGAAUGUACUGUAAAGUGAAUUGACUGUACAUUUGUGGGUAAAACACAGCACUGUCCCACAAACAGUCGUGGAUUGAAUGAUCAAAUGUGUUUUUUGAGAUGUUUACAUUGAUGUAUCCCAGAAAUACCACAUUCAGUUCAUGGUAUGAACUCAGGAAAUGAAAAGAAAUUGUAUCGCAAUUUAAUAGUGUAUUAAAUUCAGAUUUAUUAUGUACUUAGAUUUUUCAUUUGCAGUCACACAUUGAACAAUUUUUUUUGAUACUUCAUAGUUUUGUGAUUGUUACUUAUUUCCUGAAUAAAGAAACGAAAAGCAA